AUCACGUGAUAAAACAAGACAAAUAUGGCGUGUGGUAUAUUCUUGAUCAAUUUUCAACCCUCUGUUACGUAAGAGCAGCUUCUUUUAAAGUAGUGAUUUGCAAAAUAGUGAAGGUAGGUUAAUUACCUUGUACACAAUUUUUUUGCUUUUUCAUUUGAUUUCGAAACAAUCUUUGAUGUAUUCAAUCCUAAAAAAUAAUUGAAGCAAUUUUAUAUUAUCGUUCAAUCUAUAACAUCUAACGCAGGCUUUUAAAGCAAAUCAAGACUAAAACUAAAUAAUACUUAAAAUUUUAAGUGCUCUUAAAAGUAAUAGAAAGUUGUUUUUUACAAAAUAAGUGUUUUUAUAUGGUUAAAUGAACAAAAUCUAAUAUACAAUACAGCUACUAUUCUAUCACACAAUACACCCUAUUGAAGUUGAUAAGAAAUUGUUUUCUAGAAAACCUAAUGUCAUCAAUGUUUGAUUUAGUUUUCAUAUACAAUCAGCAUUUUCGGUAUUAAACAUAAAAUCUGGGUUUAGUAAUUUAAAUGUGAUACUAACAAAAUAUUGACCUUUAGCUUUCGAGUGAAGAUCUAUCUAUUUUUGAACGAUAAAGUUAUAUUCAAGUGGACAACAUCCGCCCAUUCUGUUGGCUCCUUAGACAUAUAUUUUAUGGCAAGAUAUAAUAGAAAUUAAAAUAUGAGCCUACUAUCGAAAUUAUUUUCGAGGACUUUGCCAUCUCAAUCUAAUCAGGAUCAACCUCCUCCGAUCCCUCAGGGUACAACUGUUGAAGAGGAUGGGAUGGCUGAUUCUGAUACCAGAUUGGAGGUAUUUAAGUCUCAUUGGUCGCAAGCUGAACAGUUGAUGGAAAAACAUCAUGGAAAAAAUUCUACAAAUGUGCAAGAUUUUGAGGCUAGUCUCCAUUACUUCCAUCAGAUGAUUAACCUUAUAGCAGAAGACGUAAUUACUACUGAAAAAAUUGUGAUACAGUAUUUAUUUAAUGAACAACUAUUGGAAAAGAUGGUUGAUUGGACUUUGGUUGUUGCUGAUUUCAGGGAUAAAUUUAAAUUACAACAGCUGAAAUUGUAUGAAUUGAUAACAAUUUCAGACAUUAUUGUUUCCCAACGUAUUGCCGUUCUUCGCCCUUUACUUAGACUACUUAGCGGUUGCUGUAAUGAAGAAAAUGUGGAUGUUGAAAAGAAAUUAUUGCUCGUAGUUCACCAGUUGUGUGUAUGCGUAAAGAAAGAUGACGAACUACUCGCUCUUCUAUUUGAUCAACGCACAUCUUCUAAUUUCCUUGUCCUAACCUUAUUAACAAAAUAUGUUCAUAGGGACGGAGACGUUGGACAGCAAGCUCGAGAUUCGCUUUUGCUUAUCAUGUCACUAUCCGUCAAUGAUUCUAAAAUCGGAUUUUUUAUCUCAAAACAAUCGGAUUUCUGCCCAAUUUUGGCUACUGGUCUUAGUGGUCUCUAUUCGGAAUUACCAAGGAAAUUGGAUGUUCCCUACGACGAUUGGUAUCAACUAACAAAUGAAGAUAUUUCAGAGAUUGCAGAAUUAUCAAUGAUUCUCAAUUCAUUAGAAUUUUGUAACGCAGUUGUUCAGGUCGCUCAUUCUUCUAUAAAGAAUGAACUAAUAAAUUAUAUAUAUGAUGGUUUUCUCGUACCAGUAUUAGGACCAGCACUCCAUCAGAAUUCAUCUGAGGAGGUGAUUGCAGCAACCGCCUAUCUAGAUUUGUUUAUUAGAAAACUUAGCGAGCCAGCUCUAUUAAGAGGAUUUAUCAAGUUUAUUCUAACCGAAAAGCAUGACGACACAACCAUUUUGGAAUCGUUUAUUAGGAGAAUUAAUAGUCAAACUAGAUUAUGCCAAGUAACUUUAAAUCUAUUCCAUACACUAAUAGAUUUGAAUUCAGAAGAAUGUAUGUUUCAUUUGAUUUUCAAAUAUCUUAUACCGUGUAGACAUGUAAUGGUUAGUCAAAAAUUAUGCGUGAGAGACCUAGAUUUGUACGGUUCGUCAGCGAGAAAGUUUCUUGAUCUCAAAGCCGAGAGGAAGAAAUUUUGUAAUUUCAACGAAAGUUUUGAUAAUAGUUCGACGGAUUCAGCAACAGGAAAUCAAUUAGGGGAGCUUGAAACUUCCUAUUCCGAUUACUUAAUGGUAGCUAGCACGAAAUUACAAAAAUGUAAAGCAGCUUGUGAUAAAUGGAAAUAUAAGUACGACGGAGAAGAUCCAUCUCCUGAUGAAUUUAUAGCUAUGCCUGUUGAUCUGAACUGUCAAGAUGAUAGCACUGAAAAUUCAAUAAUUGAAUUAAACGAUAUAAAAAAUGAAAAUGAAGUGGAAAUGGAAACGCUAUCACAAUUAAAUUUGACAGAUUUAGACUCAUUUAUUAAAAGUAUUGAUGCAUUGAAAUUACCAGAAAAUUUUCGUCAGCGAAGUAUUAAUGAAUCCAUUCAAGAACUAGAAGAUUUGCUGCAGAGAGAGAUCAAUGGAAAUGCUUUCGAAAAACCCUCCGUUGUUGUGUGUGAUGAUUCGAAUAUCGAGGCUUCCAAUGCAAAAAUUUCACAAGAGAUACCCUCACAUCUAGUUUAUGACCCUGCAUCCGCCCUAGACUCUCCUACUCUUGGUCCUUUCUUGUCGGCCAUAAUGUCUAAACUCGAUACAAUGAUGCAAAAUUCACUAUACGUAAAUUUGGUGCUUACUGGUGUUAUCGCUCGUUUGGCUAUUUUCCCUCAACCGUUAUUAAGAUCGCUCCUAUUAAAUCCUAAUUUGGUAUUUCAACCUACAAUAAGGAGUGUGACGCAGGUGUUGAUAAGCGUCAAGAACAAGAUUGAGAAUUUCGCAAGUAAUAUAAAUGAUUUCAAUCAUUUAAUGAUAAGAGCCAGACGCUUCUUGAGCUGGCGUGACGAAGAACAUAGGAAAUUGAAAUCCAAUAAAACUGAUAGUGUUAAAUUGCCAUCACAGCCAAUCAUAAAUGAUAAAGGAAAGCCACGAUUAGUUUCGUUAAAGACGAAAAUAUCGCCUAAAACUCAAAGAAAUUCUGAUAAAGACAAAGGAUUUUCUAACUUCCCUCGUCGUCAAUCGGUAGAAUCUACAUUGGGGAUGGAUGCAAUGGAAUCAGUCAAAACUAAGAACGCUGUAUAUUGUGCUGUUGUUUUAGAAGAAUUUACAAAAGAACUGGCGGCUAUUUGCCAAGAACAUUCUGUUGUUUGA